UGGAUCAACCUAGGUAUUUAAUGGUUUGGUCGCCUAAAAGUAUACCAGAAAAUAUUUUACAAGAAUUGUGGAAUAGUAGUGAUCUAGACCCACCAAAAAAAGUUGAUUAUUAUUUAUCUGGUAAUAAAUCAUCAGAGAAUAUAAUUCAAAAAAGUAUUCAAUGUUUGACAAAAGAGGAAGUACAAGUAGAUGAUCAUUGUUUAACCGAUAGCCUACAACAAACAAAUGCAAAUUGUUUAGCAUCAGAAAUAGAAUAUAAAGUUAAUGUUCCUAAAAAAAUUAAAUCUAAAGAUCGUCGGUACACAAGAAUUUUGAAGCCUGUUAUGGUUCUUGGUAACUCACUAAGAAGGUCUUAUCGAUAUGCAAUUAAAAAAUUAUCAAAUUGUGGCUCAAAAGUUUGUGGUCUUUUUUGCGAUUGUGUUUGAGUAAAAUGUGUUCAGAC